AUGUCUGAAUUGAAUUGGUCAUCUGAUGAUGAAUGGACAACUACAUCCUUAGUGUUAUUAGCAACUGCAAAUACAGAAAUUAAUACUGGUUCCUCUGUAGAAGAAACCAGAGCCGUAUCAAGAACUUCAGAAACUACCGAUACACAUUUGGCCACUACCACUAUAGUAUUGACACCAUCAACCGAAGAUGAAAUAACAACAAGGGAACUAAAUACCAAUAUGAUACCUGGUGAGGCUACCAUUACAGCAAUAACAGAAACCACCACUGUAGAUACUACUACAACAGUAAGUACUACGAAUUCUGCAGAUACUAUCAUCUUGCUAGCUGCCAUAACAACUGAAGGUGCGACAAAUACCAAUGAAACUGCAACUACUAAUGCUGAAAAUACUACAACUUUUUAUGUGCCUGUUACACUUAUGACAGAUUCAACAAUGACUACUAAAGAAGCGACUGUAUCAGCAAGUGCAAUGAUUUCUGCACAAGCUGCUAGAAUACAAAAUAGCACUAUUUCUAAAGAGGCGACAGAUAACACAAAAACUGCAAAUACUACUGCACAAAAUAAAACUAACAAAGCGGUUAUUGCAAUGACAACUGCAGAAACCAUUUCACAAGAUGACAUUGAUACUACACAAGAUAUAUCCACCAAAGUAGUGGAAAUGGAUACUGUGUCAGUUAUAACUAUAACAGAUUUAGCAAACACUAUUACAGACACUACUUCAACAGCAUGUGCAAUGAUAACUACAGAAGCUACCACCACACAAUCUAGCACCGUCACUGCAGAGAUGAGAACUAAUACCACAGCUGAAUCCUGCACUAUCAAAGAGACAAUUACUACUGAUGCAGAAAUUUCGUCUGCAGCUGCAUUUACGACAGAGGAAUCAAUCACCAUGGUAGAGGCGCCUUCAAUGGCAAAUGCAAUGAAAACUGCAGGUACCACCACACCAGCUGCCCCUACCAACGAAGAGUUGACAGCUAACACAGAAGUUGCAAUUACUACUACAUUAGAUACAACAACAGAAACUGCAAUGGCUAAUUCAGCUGUAAAUACAACAGGGGAAUCAACUGUCACUGAAGAAGCUUCUUCAAUGGAAAUAACGAUGACAUCACAAGAAGCUACAACCACACAAUCUGGAACUUUCGCUUUAGGCUUGCAUUACCAAGGAAAAACUAAAAGGCGACGAAAGAAAGCAAAGAAAUUAAAACAAUGCGUACCACAUUCUAUGGAUUGGCAUAUUGAUAGUGAAUCAAGUGACGACAAUAUACCACUGAAACAGUUUCAACGAAAACAUGACCAAAAAAGAGCAACUGAAGAGAUAGAGAGUGAAUAUGAGUCAGUUUAUGAGAGUGGAGAUUCCUUUAAACCUACAAAACAUGAUUAUUACUCCAGUGAUUCAAAUUUAUCCACACCAACAGAUGAUUCUGCUAAACGCAUGGACAGGUUAUUGUCAGAAAAAACAGAGACAAAAGCCAAACGGAAGAAGAAUCAGAAGGAUAGGCAAUCGAAAAAGAUCAAUUCAAAGUCAGAUAAAAACAAGAUGAAACCAACAUUAACACCCAAUGAAAAUCAAUUAACUGGUAAAGGUAAUUCAUUGAACGAAACAAAUAAUUCAAAUGCAAACAAUCAAGAGAAGAUAGGAACAACAAAAGACAACACAACAGUAUCUUCUGAAGACAUAGAUCUACGCAGAGUAAUGGAAAUCAGUGAGCAGGAAUAUUAA